ACCGAAGUUGCUGACUUUUUCGGACGCGGCCGCAUCUCGACCAUCUUGAUCACAACCCAUACACCAUGUCCACCUUUGGAAAGCUCUACCGCGUAACCACCUACGGCGAGAGCCACUGCAAGUCGGUCGGCGCCAUCAUUGACGGCGUGCCUCCGGGACUCAAGCUCACCGAGGAGGACAUUCAGGUGCAGCUCUCGCGUCGCCGUCCUGGCCAGAGCGACAUUACCACUCCUCGCUCCGAGUUCGACACUGUCCACCUCCAGUCGGGCACCGAGCAUGGCGUGACCCUCGGCACACCAAUCGGCCUCCUCGUCCAGAACAAGGACCAGCGCCCCCACGACUACACCGAGACUGACCUCUACCCCCGUCCCUCGCACGCCGACUACACCUACCUCGCCAAGUACGGCAUCAAGGCGUCGUCUGGUGGUGGUCGCUCGUCGGCUCGUGAGACCAUUGGCCGUGUCGCUGCCGGUGCCAUUGCCGAGAAGUUCCUCAAGGAGGCUUACGGCGUCGAGAUUGUCGCUUUCGUCGGCAGCGUGGGCAAGGUCGCCCUGCCGUUCGAGCACGAGGAGGACCAGGUCCUCGGCAAGGAGUACAUGAACCUCGUCAAGACGGUCACCCGCGAGCAGGUCGACGCCGAGAUCACUCGCUGCCCCCACAAGGCGACGAGCGUCAAGAUGGAGGAGACUAUCCGUGCCGCCAAGGCUGCCAACGACUCGCUCGGCGGCACCAUCACCUGUGUUAUCCGCAACGCUCCCCUCGGCCUCGGAGAGCCCUGCUUUGACAAGCUCGAGGCUGUCCUCGCCCACGCCAUGCUCUCGAUCCCCUCAACCAAGGGCUUUGAGAUCGGCUCGGGCUUCCGCGGCACCACCUUCCCUGGCUCGCAGCACAACGACCCCUUCGUUGCUGACGCCGAGAAGGGCGAGAACCGUCUGCGUACGACGACCAACUGGUCGGGUGGUAUCCAGGGUGGUAUUUCUAACGGCGAGGACAUCUACUUCCGUAUCGGCUUCAAGCCCCCUGCCACCAUCUCGCAGGAGCAGGAGACGGCCCAGUACGACGGAACCGCCGGCACGCUCGCCACUCGCGGUCGCCACGACCCCUGUGUGCUCCCCCGUGCCAUCCCCAUUGUUGAGACCAUGGCCGCCAUUGCCAUCAUGGACCAGGUUCUCCAGCAGAACGCCCGUAGCUCCACAGCGGCCCUCCUCGCCCCCGUUACGCAUCUCCCUCCCACGAUGGUGUUCCCCGGGCAGCGCAAGGAGUAGUAUGUUAGAUUUAGUUUGCAUGGAUAUGGAUAGAUUCUU